AAGCUCAUCUUCACCUGGCUCGUGUUUGACUGCAUCUGCCACUUGACCCUAGAGGGAUCUUUCCUUUACUUGUCUACCUUUUCAAGGACAGUCAACAACUCAAAGGGCUUCUUCGCUUACCUCUGGCAAGACUACGCCAGGGCCGACUCGCGAUGGGGCACUGCCGACCCUACAGUCGUCGCUCUUGAGAUACUGACGGUAUUGGGCGCGGGUCCCAUGGCUGGCUAUUGCGCCUAUCUACUGAGCCAGAAUAAGUUCAGUUACCACUACUGGACCGUCGUACUCUCCACUGCCGAGAUCUACGGAGGCUUCAUGACCUUUGCCCCAGAGUGGCUGACCGGAUGCAAAGCCCUGGCGUCCGACAAUUGGAUGUUCCUCUGGGUCUACCUCUUCUUCAUGAACCUGGUGUGGGUCUUCAUUCCCUUCUACCUACUCUAUGACUCUUUCAGGGCCAUCACCACCAGCACUAGGGCUGGAGCUGUGAGC